AUGGCCAAAAGGCUGGCUCAGCAGGGGGCCGGUCCCAUUUUGAGCAAAUGGAAACGCUACCGUUUUAACGCGGUCUUGGCCCAACCAAGACCCGCCCGCCUGAGCCUGCUGCGGCAGGCCCGCGCCCAAGGCAACAGCAACGACCCCAAGGCGCAGGCUGCACGUCGGGAUGAUGGUCCCUCGGGCGGUUGGGUCAGGCGGCUCCUCAUCUGGACCGGCAAGACAAGCGACGCAGACUGCCUGGCGCUGCCCUACGAUGUGGUCAGCCGGCAAGACCCAGGGCUGGAGCCGUCAUCACGCCCGCACCGGCUUGACUGCGGGGUUGGUUGAGGGUGUGCAGCCAUUCGCGGGGCACACGCGCAGGGGAGGAAGGAAUGCAUGGUGGGCGUGCCUUCUCUGUAAGCUGGAAUGCAAAUGACGUCGAGUAAACUUGCCCGCCCGAGUGGUUCAGAAUC